AUGGGCUCCCCAGACCUGAACCUCCGGCCCGCCUUACUCGCUACCUGCAAGACCAUCUACGCCGAAGCCAUCCACUCACUCUACCUCGACAAAACCUUCAGUUUCAAACUCGACAAAUUCAGGACAAUGUCGUACCUCAACGCGGACCAAUUCUUCACGCACGCGCCCUGCCGCCUCGACCUGAUCAAGAACGUCGAACUGCACGACUGCGUCGGGCAUGAAUUCAACCAGCAAGUCUCCUCGCUCAUCAAAAUGCUCAUCAAGAGGGAUUUGAGAUGGGAUACGCUCGGGUUCAGAUAUGUGGAUUUUUUUAGGAAGUGUAAGGCUGUGCUGAAGGAGAAGUUGGAGGGCGCGCUGAGGGAGGGGCUGGUGAAGGAGGUCAGGGUUUAUUUGCCCAGAGUGGAUAAGGGGUUUUUGAGAAGCAUUAUGCAGAGGGAUAGGGAUAGGCAGAAGCUGGAUGCCAAGGUGGUGGGCGGUGGUGUGUUGGAAAGGGUUUUGAGCUAUGUGGGUAAUGUGAUCGAUUCGUAA